UUAAGAAAAUGGAUACAUUCUUGCAAUCCUUGUUACUAAUUUUGAUUCCUUUAAUAGCAUUUUUCUGUUUUUUCCUCAAAACAAAACAAAUUGGCACAAAAAACAUGCCACCAGGUGCUUUUGGUUGGCCAUUAGUAGGUGAAACAUACCAACUUUUGUUCAAAAACAUUGAAAAUUUCAUUCAAGAGAGAGCAGAAAAACACUCCUCAGAGAUUUUCAAAACAAAUUUAUUUGGAGAACCAACUGUGGUUAUGUUUGGUCCUGCUGCAAAUAAAUUCCUUUCAAUAAAUGAAUCAAAACUUGUUAAGGUCUGGUACAUGAAAUCUCAAUGCAAGUUAUUCAAUCUUCCUGAUCAGAAUCAGAAUCAGACUCAAGUAGGUGUUGCUUCGCCUCCGGUGAAGGUUUUAGGAUUGCUUAAACAUGAAGGAAUAAUAAGAUACAUGGGAAACAACAAUAACAUUGAAUCAAUCAUACAAAAACAUUUCAUAACACAUUGGGAAGGAAAAACAGAACUAAAAGUGUACCCUUUGGUGAAAUCAUUUUCAAUUUCAUUAGCUUUUCAAUUUUUCUUAGGAACUGAUGAAACUCAUUAUGUAGACAAAUUUGCCACCAAGUUUGAGAAUUUGUUUUCAGGGAUUUAUUCAGUUCCAAUGGAUUUUCCUGGCUCUACAUAUCAUAGAGCAAUAAAGGGUGCAUCUGAAAUUAGGAAAGAGAUUCAGUAUAUGAUUAAAGACAAGAUUGAAGGUUUGUCAAAAGGGAAAGUUAUGGAUGGUUUAUUAGCACAUAUAGUUGAUGCUGAAAAAAGUGGAAAAUAUGUGCCUAAAAUUGAAAUAAGUAAUACCAUCAUGGGGUUGAUGAAUGCUAGCUACAUCUCAAUAGCUACCACUUUGGCUUUUAUGAUCAAACACAUUGGGUUAAGUCCUCAUAUCUACCAAAGAAUCAUAUCAGAGCAUGCUGAUAUUAAAAGAUCCUCAAAAGAAAGUGGUACAUCACAACUAGAUUGGGAUAGCAUACAGAAGCUAAAAUAUACAUGGGCUGUUGCAUUGGAGAGCAUGAGACUAUACUCUCCUGCACCAGGAGCAUUCAGAGAGGCUAAAACAGAUUUCACCUAUGAAGGCUUUACCAUUCCAAAGGGAUGGAAGAUAUUCUGGGCAUUUAUUGGAACAAAUAAGAAUCCCAAGUACUUUGAUAAACCUGAAAGUUUUGAUCCAUCUAGGUUUGAAGGGAAUAAUGUUCUUGCACCAUACACUUAUAUACCCUUUGGAUCAGGACCAAGAUCUUGUCCUGGAAAGGAUUACACACGGCUUGCGAUUCUCACUUUCAUUCACAAUCUUGUAACAAAGUUCAAAUGGGAAGUUAUGCUUCCUGAUGAGGAAGUAUCUGGUGCUAUGAUACCUAUACCAACAGAGGGAAUUCCUAUCCGUCUUCAUCACUUGUUUUGAUGAUCAUGAACGUGUGUUUGGUUCUGCGGUGAAAAAAAUAAACAUAAUACAAGCAGAAAAAAUGUAAAAGUGAUUGUGUAAUGAUCAUAGGCGUUGAUUAUUCUCUAUUUAUUGGGAUAGAUUUAGUUUCCUUAUUUUCUAAUUCCCCCUUGUAUAUAAGUUUGCACGACCCCAUUGUAAAAUACAAGUUAAUUAUUCUAUGUUAUUCAACUUCAGUGCAUUUCAAGGUCUAUUGGUUUA